GGAGAAAACGUGCUCUUUCUGGUGACCAAUUUCAUCGCUACGGCAAGGCAAGCCCAGGGCACCUGUCCCGAGAGCCCCUCUGUUCUCGAUGCGGUGUGCACAGAAGAUGCAGACUGUCCCAUGGGAAACCCAGUGGUUCAUGGCAACGGGAUAAAAACUGGGAAAUGUGUGAUGUUCAACACCACCCAUUCCACCUGUGAGAUCUAUGGCUGGUGUCCUGUGGAGAACAACACUCUGCCCAGGAAACCUCUACUGGCUGAGGCGGAGAAUUUCACUCUUUUUAUAAAAAACACUGUCCACUUCACCAAAUUUAAUUUCUCCAAGUGCAAUGCUUUGCAAACAAAUGACCCUACAUAUUUCAAGAGCUGCACAUACGAUCCAUCCUUCAGCCCCUCCUGCCCCAUCUUCCAUGUCCGUGACAUGGUGGAGGCAGCUGGAGAGACCUUUGAGGACCUUGCACUGCUGGGGGGGAGCAUUGGGGUUCGCAUCGAGUGGGACUGCAACCUGGACCACACCGCUGCCCAGUGCCUGCCGCAGUACUCCUUCAGCCUGCAGGACAGGAGGUACAAUUUCAGGACUGCUUCCUACUACUGGGACUCCCAGCGGCAGCUCUACCGGAACCUGCUGAAACUCUAUGGCAUCCGCUUCGACAUCUCUGUGCACGGCCAGGCUGGGAAGUUCAGCAUAAUUCCUGUUGCUGUGAGCUUUGGCACCAGCAUCGCGUUCUUUGGUGCUGCCACGGUGGUCUGUGACCUGGUUCUGCUCUACCUGGAUGCGAAGGCUGACCUCUACUGGAAAGAGAAGUUUGAGGAGAUGGCCCUGGGCCUUGAUUUCCUGUGA